GCAUGAGCUGAACAAAGAGAGAGAGCCGCAGGAAGAAAGAAAAUUCAAAGUGGCCAGCUGGCAGACAUUGAGGAAUACACAAGGACUUUCUAGUGAAAAAUGUAUGGAAAGCCUAAUGAAGAUGCACAGAGACCUGAAAGCCCAAGUAGAACAGUUCCGUAAACAAGCUGGAGCUAAGAGAAUUGGCUAG